UGUGCUGUGUCCCUCUGACACAGCAGAUCUCUGAUCUAUGGAAAGAGCCGAAGAUGUCGGCUCGGUCAUGUGAUCAGCUGUGUCCAAUCACAGCUGAUCACAUAUCAUCAGAGCACUGAUGAUCUGUGUAGCCCCAGCAGCGCCACCUGUCAGUGUCCAUCAGUGCCAGCUCUGUGCUCAUCCAUGCCACCUGCCAGUGCCCAUCAGUGCCACAUCAGUGCCACAUUUCAGUGCAACAUCAAUGCCACAUAUCAGUGCCUAUCUGAGCUGCCUUUCAGUGUCACACAUCAGUGCCAGUCAGUGCCACCUAUCAAUGCCAGUCAGUGCCACCUAUCAGUGCUGCCAAUCAGUGCCACCUAUC